UCCACCAUUAUCACUCUCCAUCUCCAGUCCCCAUCACAGUCCCAGGGCUGAGUUCAACAUGAAGUUCAAAAUGUGUAUGCUCAUCUUGGCUCUGGUUGCCAUCAUUGGUGCCUGGGGAGAGCCUGUGAAGGCAGCAGUGGUUUUUCAGAGAAUGCCAUUCUGUGAACACAUGGGGGAAAUUCCACUGUGCCCCAAGACGUACCAACCCGUCUGUGGAACCAAUGGGAAGACCUAUGACAAUGACUGCCAACUGUGUGUUGCAAGAAUAAAAACUAAAGAGGAUAUCCAGAUUACAAAGGAUGGCAUAUGCUAAAGAAGAAACAUUCAAUAGGAGAUUAUGUGGACCUUUUCUAACUGCUUCAGGAAUAUGAUCCCUUCUCCCUUUCCCCACUAAAUACAUUCUGUACAGAGAACAAUAAAAUCAACAUGCAGAACUAA